GCCACCGGUCCGGGUCUGACGCACCGCCGCCGAGCGGAGCACAGAGACCCACCGAGCCCCGUACAGCGGCUGCAUUGUUUCCCCGGAGGCUGACACAGCAGCGGAGCCGGUCCUCUGGCUCUCCCGUCUGAAUGUACCGGCGGCCGGUCACCGUUCAUCUGUGUGGACUCACCGACAAACAUCCCGCCGCGGAGGGCGACCGGUCAGAUUCAGGGCAGAAGAGUCGAACGGUUUAAAAUGGCAACCGCAGCCCGCUCCCGGUGCCCGUAGACCGACCAUCAGAGUCAGCAGCUCCAUGUGUCCUCGCUGCGUCUUCUGGCAGCAGAUCAGCUGAGCUCUUCCCUGCUUCAGAAGGAGCUGGUCCUGUGGAGGCGUCAUGUCGGCAGCUCAGACCCAGAAGGAGAGCGGCGAGGCAGGCUGGGGCUGCCUGGAGGCUCUGGGUCUCAGUCAGAAGGAGCUGGUCCUGGCCGAGGCCCUGCAGAUGGAGUACGACGCCCUCUCCAGGCUCAAACAGGACAAGAGUGGCACAGAGACCGGCCAGAGCAGCUCCAGAGCUCCCAGUCAAACCUGCUCCAAGACCCCCAACCCCACCAUCGAACGCCCCCGACCGGUCCCCAGCCAGCCCCUCCCUGCCCCCCCAGGAGGAAGCCUGCUUAGGGGCCUCUCUGGAUCCGACCCCGCCCUGAACCAGCCUGGAGGGUCACAGUCCCCUCACCCCAUCCCAGCCAGGGCGCUCCCUCUUCAGGGAGGCUACAUCAAAGAGCCCCUGUACAUCUUGGACAGUCCGGAGGUCAGCAAGUUCAGGGACAGCUCAGGUUCCAGCCUCGGGGACUCACCUGGAUCGGGGUCAGGGUUUCUGGCCAAAGGCAUGCCCUCUCUUCCAGACGACGUCCCCCCAGCCAUCCCCCCAAGAAACCCCAUCCUCCCAUCGUCAGGGUCAGAGAACCCCUUCCUGCCCUCCCGAGUGUCCACCAUGCCCCGUGACGUCAACUUGUUCACACCCGACGUGGAUCCGCCCAAAGUGACCUCAGGAGAGCUGAACUACGACAACAUCAGCGACUCGCUGUCCCGACUCAACGGGGGCCGGCAGGGGCCUCGAGGUCGGAGGGCCAACGGGGACCAAUCGGGGAAGCCCGUGGCUCGAAGUAAGACCCUCCCCCCUCAAGUCCCACCCAGGACGUACGUACCUGUUCCCAAGAGCAACAAGAACCAGCGGCGGGUGUCUGCAGACCCGGUGUCUCUGGGCUCCAGGAUGAACGGCUUUGGAUAUGAACUGUUCCAGGUGUCUGAGGAGAGAGACGAGGAGGUGGCAGCUUUCUGUCACAUGCUGGACAUCUUGCGUUCGGCGUACCCGCACAGCGACCGCUCGAAGAACUGUGGCUUCGUGUGGUCUCCGUCUGUCGGUGUGGAGGAGCUGCACCAGGGUCUGGGGGUCAGCGUGAAGGUCACUGUCAUCAGCGAGCACUUCAGAGAGCCACUCACCUUUACCUGUGAUGGUUCGUCCACGGUGGACCUGCUGAUCUAUCAGACUCUGUGUUACGCUCAGGACGACCUGGACCACAUGGACGUGGACGACUACCUGCUGAAGGUCUGUGGACACGACGAGUUCCUCAACAACUCUCAGACUCUGGCCGGUCUUGAGUUCGUCCAGCAGUGUUUGAAGUUCGACUGGGACGUGCGACUGUUUCUCACCAAGAGAUCGUCCAUCAACACGGAGCUGUCUCGCACGAAAGAAGACGAUGAGACGGUGUCCACCAUGAACCACAGCAUCCUGCUGCAGGAGCGUCCAAUCAAACAGACCGUCACUAGAGAGGCUCUGACUCUGCUGCUGGACACUUUCCAUAAUGAAGCUGAGUCCUUCCUGCUGUCAGAGGUGGAGCUGCCGCUGCACGUGGAGCGUCUCGUCCAAUCGGUGAAGGCGCUCUGCAGCUCGUUAGCCGCCGUGGAGUCGCCUGAUGUGACUGCCGCCCUCAACCAGCUCCCAGCAUGCCCCUGUCGUCUGCAGCCCAAAGUCCUCAAGGAUGCUUCAGUGCUGGCUGUCAGAGAGAACAGAGAGAAAGUGGUGGAGAAGUUGACGGCGGCCAUCUUGGAUCUGGUGGAGCUGUACUGCAGCACGUUCAAUGCCAACUUCCACCCGACGGCUCAGAGUCGCUGCUGCACGGCGCCGGUGCAGGAGGCCGGCCUCGUCACCAACGUGCUCUCCUUCAAUGUGUACGCCGCCCACCGCAUCCCCAUCACCUGGGCCGCCAGUUACGAGGGUUUCUUCCUGUCCUGCUCUCUGACUCAUGGAGGGGCGGAGCUCUGCGCGCCGCAGCACACCAGCAAACAGUCGGUCAGCAAAUACCUGUUCCACCUGGUGGUGUGGGACCAGAGGGUGUGUUUCCCGGUGCAGAUCAACCAGCUGCCCAGAGAGUCUCAGCUGACGGUGACUCUGUACGCCAGCUCUCUGCCGCCGCCUGGAGGUGCCGAGGAGAAGGGGAAGCAGCGGCGAAGCAUCGAGGCGCUCGGCUGGGUCACCAUGCCGCUCUUCAACUUCAGACACGUCCUGACAUGCGGCAGGAAGUUACUCGGUCUGUGGCCUUCAGCUCCGGGGAGGAGCAUGAACGCCCGCACGAGCUCGCCGAACUUCAGCCAACCAGACAGCGUGAUCCUGCAGGUGGACUUUCCCACGUCAUCUUUCGAGGUGCGGUUCAGUACUCCUCCUCCGGCAGACUUCUGUCCUCAGUAUGACUUCUCCAGACUGGACACCAUCAGUCAGAUCCAGCUGCAGGACGUCCUCCAUAAGAAGGCUGUCUUCUGGUUGACAACAGAGGACAGACGUCUCCUGUGGGAGAAGAAGGCCUUCUGUCAGUCAGAGAGUGCAGCUCUGCCUCUGGUCCUGGCCAGCGCCCCCUGCUGGGAGUGGGCCUGCCUGCCGGACAUCUACGCCCUGCUGAGACAGUGGGCUUGCCCCGGACACCUGGACGCCCUGGGACUCCUCCACGCCUCGUUCCCAGACCAGGAGCUGAGGAGGACGGCUGUCCAGUGGAUGGACUCCAUCUCAGACCCAGAGCUGCUGGACUUCCUGCCUCAGCUCGUCCAGGCUCUGAAGUACGAGUGUUACCUGGACAGUUCUCUGGUUCGAUUCCUCCUACGGAGAGCCAUUGGGGACAUUCGCAUCGCUCACUACCUCUUCUGGCUGCUGAAGGACAACCUGCAGGACAGUCAGUUCAGCGCUCGGUAUCAGCACCUUCUGGCCGCUCUGCUCUGCUGCGUCGGUCGAGGUCUUCGUGAAGAGUUCGACCGUCAGUGCUGGCUCGUCUCUAUCCUCGCCAAGGUGGCUCACAAAGUGCGAGACACCUCGCCGUCCAGCAGACAGUGUGUCCUCAGGGAGGGUCUGGAGGAGAUGAAGCAGUUCUUCUCAGUGAACAGCAGCUGCAGACUUCCUCUGAACCCGGCGCUGCUCGUCACAGGAAUCAACGUCCAGUCAUGUUCCUUCUUCAACUCCAACGCCGUCCCUCUCAAACUGUCCUUCCAAAACCUCGACCCUCUGGGAGACAACGUCAACGUCAUCUUCAAGUCAGGAGACGACCUGCGGCAGGACAUGCUGACUCUGCAGGUGAUCCGGAUCAUGAACAAGAUCUGGAUCCAGGAGGGUCUGGACAUGAGGAUGGUCAUCUUCAAAUGUUUCUCCACUGGCAGAGGACGAGGUAUGGUGGAGAUGAUUCCUCAGGCUGACACUCUGAGAAAGAUCCAGGUGGAACAUGGAGUCACUGGGUCCUUUAAAGACCGACCGCUGGCCGACUGGCUGCAGAAACACAACCCAACUGAUGAGCAGUACGACAAGGCAGUGGAGAACUUUAUCUACUCGUGCGCCGGCUGCUGCGUGGCGACCUACAUCCUGGGAAUCUGUGACCGCCACAACGACAACAUCAUGCUGAAGACCAGCGGUCACAUGUUCCACAUCGACUUCGGGAAGUUCCUGGGACACGCUCAGAUGUUCGGGAACAUCAAACGGGACCGCGCCCCCUUUGUGUUCACCUCCGACAUGGCGUACGUCAUCAACGGAGGAGACAAACCGUCAAGCCGCUUCCACGACUUUGUGGAUCUGUGCUGCGAGGCGUACAACCUGAUCAGGAAACACACACACCUGUUCCUCAACCUGCUGGGCCUGAUGUUGUCCUGUGGGAUCCCUGAACUGUCUGAUCUGGAGGAUCUGAGGUACGUCUACGACGCGCUGAGACCUCACGAUUCUGAGGCUGACGCCACCAUGUAUUUCACCAGGUUGAUAGAGUCCAGUCUCGGCAGCGUCGCCACCAAACUCAACUUCUUCAUCCACAAUCUGGCUCAGAUGAAGUUCGCCUCCUCCGAGGAUCGACCCACGCUCUCCUUCGCUCCCAGAGUCCACACGGCCAAGAGCGACGGCCUGAUCAGGAACCUCUACAUCUGCAGACACAUCAGGAUGGCCAGCGCCGGCAGCAAGGCAUACGCGUUUGUGGUUAAGGUGGAGCGUGACGGUCAGCAGGAGGCGCUGCUGGUUCAGAGGACGUUUGAAGAGUUUCAUGAACUUCACAGCAAACUGAGACUCAUCUUCCCCUCGUCCAAACUACCCAGUUUCCCGAGCCGUCUUGUGAUUGGUCGGUCCCGGGGUGAGGCCAUGGCUGACAGGAGGAAAGACGAGCUCAACGGUUACGUGUGGCACCUGAUCCACGCCGCGCCAGAGAUCGCUCAGUGUGACCUCGUCUACACCUUCUUCCACCCGCUGCCCCGAGAUGAGAGACCGGGAAGUACAACCAGCAAACCAGCAGAGCUGUCGUGGUCUCCAGCUGCAGGUAAAGAGCUCGGCGAGGUCAAACUGUCCAUCUCCUACAAGAACGACAAACUCUUCAUCAUGGUGAUGCACAUACGAGGCCUGCAGCCCCUGCAGGACGGCGCCGACCCCGACCCCUACGUGAAGCUCUACCUCCUCCCCGACCCCCAGAAGACCAGCAAGAGGAAGACCAAGGCAGCACGCCGCACCUGUAACCCCACCUACAACGAGAUGCUGGUGUACGAGCGGAUCCCGCGGGGGGACCUGGACCAGAGGGUGAUCCACCUCAGGGUUCUUGGCGACGGAGCGUUUUGGGAGAACACCCUGCUGGGAGAGACCUUCAUCCCUCUGAAGAGGCUGGUCCCAGGUCAGCACUGGGUGGACUGGCACCAGCUGGGCGCCGCCGGCUCAGACUCCGCCCACUGACGGACAGGAAACAGGAGGCGGUCGGUUUAAAGGGAGAGAAGAAGAAGAAGAGAAGCAGUGUCCUCAGGAGAACAGAAGACAAAAGGAAAGUCCUUUCAAAGUAAAAGCCAUGUGGCUGAUCCUCCCUCAGUGCAUGAGGGGGUUUAAUGACAUCACAUCCUGUUUGUUUCGUUUUUAAACGCAGACGCAACUUUAUUCACACAAACAUGUAACGACAUCAUUCUGUUGAUUUUUAAACUCUCAGACCGACAGAGACGUCACGUCAGAGGGUCCGACCUGGAUCAGGUCUGAUGUGGAUCAGGUCUGACGUGGAUCAGGUCUAAUGUGGAUCAGGUCCUGAUGUGGAUCAGGUCUAAUGUGGAUCAGGUCUGAUGUGAAUCAGGUCUGACGUGGAUCAGGUCUGAUGUGGAUCAGGUCUAAGAUGAGAAGAUAAAAAUAUUAACAAUAAUUUGAUUAAAACCAGUUUCAGUUUUUUUUCUAACCUCCUGUCGAGACGACAACGAGUCUAACGAGAGGAAACGUUUGAGACCAGUUGAGUCAUUUCUCAUUUUCCAGGACUUUCCAGGACUUUAAAGGUGCGUUCAGGAACUCCAGGCACAUUUUGUUUUGCAGCGUGUUGCGUGCUGAAGAGUGAACUGUGGCGGCGGCUGUGAGCUCAGCACAGAGACAGUGUAAAGUUUGUGUACAUGCAGAGCUUUAGCUUCGAUGUUGCUAACAGGAAGUAGCUGUAGGUUAUUUUUAUAGCGAGGAUGAUUUUCUACGUGUGGUGCAUGACUUCAGAGAUCCUGUUUGCCUUUCUCCAUAACGUGCUCGGCGCCGCACGGCUCGUUGUUUCUACAUUUCAUUCCUUUUUUUUUUUUUUUUUUUUUUUUUUACUGGUGUGAUUUUUGGUGUGGUGGCGUCUCGGCCGCAGCAAGGCGGUUUCUGCGCUGUUCAUGAACCAACCACUGAGCUGAACUGUGAAACGCUGAAACAUUUCCUAUUGGAGGGUGAUUUGUUUUUGUUUUUGACCCUGAUGCUCUGCCGUAGCUCUUUGAUCCAACCGGUGUGUUUUAAAGAUCAAUCACAUCAGAUCCUGUGAUGACACGGUGGUUUCCACAGCGACAGCUGACGCACUGUCAGCUGGUUUUAUUCAGUUGGAAACACACAGGAAGUGACAGGAACAUAAACAGGAAGUUGAUUUUUGGUUGAUUUUCUUGAUGAAAAUGAAUUUCAGUUUCAGUCUGUGUGAAGAAGGUGUGACAGAGCUGAGGAGUGACAUCAGCUGAUGUUUGUGUUUAUGUUUGUGUUUAUGUUUGUGUUUGUGUUUGUGUUUAUGUUUGUGUACAGACUGACGCUCUGAUUAAUGUGUAUUAAUUUCACCUGAACAUGUUUUGUAUGAUUUGCACUAAAGAAUAAACUUGAACUGAAAAAGAA